AUGAAGUCGUCAGAUCCCAUCCGACCCAGCAGCCGUCGCGGUGCGUCAGGCGCGUGGAACCGCCUCAAGCCAGUACGCGAGGAUGUGCUCGAGGUUUACGGCUUGCCAUCGAAGGGGGAGACUCGACUCAAUGACUUCAAAACACAAGAAGUCUACUUCAACCGCAUCAUCGAACGUUACAUGAAGCUCUGCGCCCUUAACCGCGAAGAACUAGACGGCCUCUUCGCCUCCGUCAGCAGUGCGAAACUGGGCAAUUCCAAUGCCAACAACAACCUCACAUCUUCCUUCUCCGCGCUCGCACUCUCCAAACAUGCACCCCCUUCGAACGCCUCGACCGCAGCCUCCGCCUACAAAACAGACCCAAUACCGCGAAACGCAUUUGCACCCUCGAUCAACGAACUGGCAACGGUUCUUGCAGCCCUCCGCAAGCUCCGCGAAGCCAUAACAGCAAGCAACAGAUGCGACAACUUCGCCCGCCGCGCCUACUUCUUCGCCAUACACGUCUCUAUCCUCUGCCACGAUUGGUCCUCGUACCUCCCUUCACUCCACUCGCUACUCCAACAUAUGCACCCGCGCAACGCCCUCGCACCGCACGAUCUCAAAGAGUACGUUGGCCUGCUGAUUCUCGACCAGGCGUGUCGCCAGGCCGACUUGGCAGGCGCGCGAGAAACGAAGCUGCGGUACGCGUACACGGAUUGGCGCGUAGAAGGCGUGUUGAAAGCCCUGGUCCAGGACGAUUAUGUGGGGUUUUGGCGGCUGAGGAGGGCGGUGGAUGGGUAUCAGCGGGCUGUUAUGGGGUUUGCGGAUCAAGGGGUUAGAGUGCAUGCGUUGAAAUGCUUGGGUAGGGGUUAUAUGAGUGCUGAUAGGCGGUUUGUGGAGCGGUGUACGGAUAGGACGUGGGAGGAUCUGGUCACGGAUGGCGUGGGGUGGGAAUUGACUAGUGAUGGAGAAAAGGUGCUUAUCAAGAAGCCGAAGGGGAGCUGA